AUGGCUGACCAGACUGAAGACGCUCAGGCGCAGAUCCAGGAGCUGCAGGACAAGAUUAAGCAGCUCCAGCUCCAGGCCCAGGCCCCUCAGAAGAGCCCCUACGAUACAUAUCAGACGUCUCUGACAAGUCGCUACUGCAGCAAUGAGAUGACCAGCCUCUUCAGCCAGAGAUCCAGGCAUUCUACCUGGCGUAAGCUCUGGCUAGGGCUUGCCGAGGCCGAGGCUAGCUUGGGAAUCGAUGUCAUCACGCCCAAGGCCCUGGAACAGAUGAGGGCUCACCUCACGGUCAGCGACGAGGACUUUGAGACUGCGCGUAUAGAAGAGAAGAGAAGACGCCAUGACGUUAUGGCCCACGUCCACGCUUUCGGGAUCGUGGCGCCUGCGGCAGCUGGCAUCAUCCAUCUGGGCAGCACGUCUUGCUUCGUGACAGAUAACACCGAGCUGAUCCUCAUGCGGGAUGCUCUUGAUAUCCUGCGGAACAAGCUGGCCAAGGUUAUUUCAAACUUGGCAACCUUUGCCAACCAGUGGAAGUCCGAACCAACAUUGGCCUACACCCAUUUCCAGAGUGCUCAACCCAUCACCGUUGGACGCCGCGCGGCUCAAUGGGCCCAGGAUCUAAUGAUGGACUUGGAGGCUCUCGAGGCUGUUCGCAGCGGCCUCAAGUUCCGAGGCGCACAAGGCACGACGGGAACCCAGGCCAGUUUCUUGGAAAUCUUCCAAGGCGAUCAUGCCAAGUGCGACAAGCUCAACGAGCUUUUGUGCGAAAAGUUCGGCUUCCCUGCUUGCUACGACAUUUCGACCCAGACAUACACACGAAAAGUCGACCUGAUAGUUGCAAACGCAGUGGCGGGCCUGGGGGCCAGUGCCCAUAAGAUUUGUUCCGACAUCCGGUUGCUCGCGAGCAAUAAGGAGAUUGAAGAGCCGAAAGAGGCGAGCCAAAUCGGAUCGUCAGCAAUGCCGUACAAGAGGAAUCCGAUGAGGAGCGAGCGAAUCUGCUCACUGUCUCGCGCUUUGAUGGCCAAGCCAGCAAGCUUCGCCAAUACGCUGUCUACGCAGUGGUUUGAGAGGACUCUCGACGACUCCGCCAUCAGACGAAUCGACAUUCCAGAAAUGUUCCUUUUGGCCGACGCUAUUCUGAUCGGACUAGACAAUGUUUCGGACGGCUUCGUAGUCUAUCCGAGACGCAUCCGCAGCCGCUUCCUGGAGGAGCUGCCUUUUAUGGUUACAGAAACCAUCAUCAUGAAGCUUGUGGCCAAGGGUGCUUCCAGGCAAGAGGCACACGAGGAAAUUCGAGUUCUGUCCGUCCAAGCAGCAAGCACUGUAAAGGACGAGGGCAAGCCGAACGACCUUAUCGAGCGUAUACGUAACAACGAGUACUUCAAGCCCAUUUGGGAUGAGCUCGACUCCAUGCUCCAGCCCGAGCUAUACAUCGGCCGUAGUGUCGAGAUUGUCGACAAGUACUGCGGUGCUGGCGGCGUCGUGGAGAAGGCUCUCGCGCCGUACCAGCAGUACGUCCUCGAGUCUACUACGGCGCAGCUCAACGUCUAG